AUGAGCGGCCAAAUUGUCUUGCCUGACCCCACGGGGGUCAACCAUUAUGACAAGGAUGACCGUCGUCAGUAUAUGACGAAGGUGUUUCGACAGCUGGGCCUUUGGGAUGAUCUCGAGAAUAGGCUCAAGGCGAAGAAAAUCCGACCACGGUGCGAGGAUUUGGUCAGCGUGCGGAUGGAUAAGAAUGAGUAUCACAGCGUCAGUGAUACCUUCUUCGAGUAUUGCACCGACCUCAACGUCUGGUCCAACCUCGUCAACCGUGGCGGAAGGGCAACAUGGCCGUGGGAAGACGAGCCUUUGCCACCCCCGGAAUAA